AUGGACACUGAGACUGAGAGGAAAGCGGCGUCGAUCGAGGAGAUGAGGGAGUGGUGCGUCGCUCUCCCCAAGGUGGAGCUCCACGCGCACCUCAACGGCUCCGUCCGCAAUUCCACCCUUCUAGAACUUGCAAAACAGCUAGGUGACAAAGGAGUCAUUGUCUUCGAAGAUGUUAAGGAUGUGAUCAUGAAGAGUGAUAGGUCUCUUCCAGAGUGUUUCAAGCUUUUUGACCUGUUUCAUAUACUUACAACUGACCAUGAUACAGUAACAAGGGUUGCUAAGGAGGUUGUGGAAGAUUUUGCUGCAGAGAAUGUUGUAUAUUUGGAAAUAAGAACAACACCUAAGAACAAUGAAGCAAAGGGGAUGACCAAGAGGUCUUACAUGGAUGCUGUUAUUAAAGGUCUGAAAGAAGUUGAAGGUGUUGAUGUCGCAUUAUUUGAUUCUAAUUUCAGAACAAAUGAAACACUAAAUUCUAAGCUGUUGGAUGGUGAUGCAAAGAAAAAGAAGAUAUAUGUUAGGCUCCUUCUUAGUAUUGAUCGCCGUGAGACAACUUCGGCUGCAAUGGAUACCGUUAAUUUAGCCAUGGAAAUGAAGGACCAAGGUGUCAUAGGCAUCGAUCUUUCUGGCAAUCCAGUUGUGGGGGAAUGGGAAACAUACUUGCCUGCCCUACAACAUGCUAAAAAUCUGGGAAUCCCCAUUACAAUUCACUGUGGAGAGGUAGCAAAUCGGAAGGAAAUCCAAGCAGUGCUGGACUUCUUCCCUCAGAGGUUGGGUCAUGUAUGCUGUCUGAAUGAUGUAGAAUGGGAGAAGCUCAAGUCUCUUAUGAUUCCGGUCGAGAUAUGUUUAACUUCUAAUGUUAUGACAGGAGGUGCUCCUUCCCUAGAGCUUCAUCACUUUGCUGACCUCUAUAAUGCAAAGCACCCUCUGUCCCUGUGCACAGAUGAUUCUGGACUGUUCUCAACAAGCCUCUCAAAUGAGUAUUACCUUGUUGCAACGACUUUCGGUCUCAGCAAGUCCGAGCUGUUUCAGCUAGCCCAGGAUGCAGCACAGUUUGUUUUUGCUGAUGAUGUGGUGAAGAAGUCUCUGAAGGAGGUGUUCAAGCAUGCUGAGAAGAGACUACUCAUGCAGGAUGAACUUGCUGCACCAAACUAA